UUCGCGACUAUGCAGCUGCGCAGUAGGCUCCAAUCAAGCCCACUCACACACUCUACCUAGGUUCCGCUCCCUUCUGCCUCUGGGCGGGCGUGUUGAGGAAGAGGCCGAGAGGAGGCGGAGCUAUUACGUCGCGCAGGCUGUGGAGAAGUUUCUGCAAGGAAAAAAAAGUACAAGUGUGGCAUGGGGUUCCCAUAGCCAUGUUGCCUUUUCUCCUGGGGAUGACUGCUAUCUUCUUUUAGCCUGUGACUUCUUUGGUUUCUCAGUGUACAAGUGAUGCAAAAUGAGUGUCCCUGACUAUAUGCAAUGUGCAGAAGACCAUCAAACUCUACUAGUUGUGGUCCAGCCAGUUGGGAUUGUUCCUGAAGAGAGCUUUUUUAAGAUCUACAAGCAGAUCUCAACAGUGAGUCAGAUCAAUGUACGUGACUCUCAGCGGGUGGUUUAUAUCCGCUAUAGACAUCAUUACCCCCCGGAGAACAACGAUUGGGGGGAUUUUCAGACGCACCGCAAAGUUGUGGGACUCAUAACCAUCACAGACUGUUCCUCUGCAAAAGACUGGCCUCAAACCUUUGAAAAAUUCCACCUUCAGAAGGAAAUAUAUGGCUCGACACUUUAUGAUUCACGGCUGUUUGUCUUUGGGCUUCAAGGAGAAAUUGCAGAGCAACCUCGUACAGAUGUGGCAUUUUAUCCCAGUUAUGAUGAAUGUGAAAAUGUAGAAAAGAGAAUAGAAGACUUCAUUGAAUCUCUCUUCAUUGUAUUAGAAUCUAAACGUCUUGAUAGAGCCACAGAUAAAUCUGGAGAUAAGAUCCCACUUCUCUGUGUUCCUUUUGAAAAGAAGGAUUUUGUAGGCCUGGAUACAGACAGUAGACAUUAUAAGAAGCGUUGCCAGGGUCGUAUGCGGAAGCAUGUUGGUGAUCUGUGUCUGCAAGCUGGAAUGUUACAAGAUUCCCUUGUACACUUCCACAUGGCUGUGGAACUUCUCCGUUCUGUAAAUGACUUUUUAUGGCUUGGAGCUGCUCUUGAAGGAUUAUGUUCGGCCUCUGUUAUUUAUCACUAUCCUGGAGGCACAGGUGGUAAAGUUGGUGCUCGAAGGGCACAAGGAAAUUCACUUCCUGCAGAGACAGGAAACAGGCACAGACCAGGGGCACAAGAAGUUCUUAUUGAUCCAGGGGCCCUUACUUCAAACGGCAUUAAUGCAGAUACAAGUACUGAAAUAGGACGGGCUAAGAAUUGUCUUAGCCCUGAAGACAUCAUAGAUAAAUACAAAGAGGCCAUUUCCUACUAUAGCAAGUACAAGAAUGCUGGAGUGAUUGAGUUGGAAGCAUGUGUGAAGGCUGUGAGAGUUCUGGCAAUACAGAAAAGAAGCAUGGAAGCUUCUGAAUUCCUGCAGAAUGCGGUUUAUAUUAAUCUUCGUCAGCUUUCUGAAGAAGAAAAAAUUCAGCGUUAUAGCAUUCUUUCUGAGCUUUAUGAGCGUAUUGGAUUUCAUCGCAAAUCAGCUUUCUUCAAGCGUGUGGCAGCAAUGCAGUGUGUGGCGCCUAGCAUAACAGAGCCUGGCUGGAGAGCCUGCUAUAAGCUUCUUCUGGAGACCCUUCCUGGUUACAGUCUUUCUCUGGAUCCUAAGGAUUUCAGCAAAGGAACUCAUCGUGGUUGGGCUGCUGUGCAGAUGCGUUUGCUUCAUGAGUUAGUAUAUGCCUCAAGAAGAAUGGGAAACCCUGCACUUUCUGUCCGACAUUUGUCUUUUCUCUUGCAAACCAUGCUGGAUUUUCUUUCUGAUCAGGAAAAGAAAGAUGUAACACAAAGUCUAGAAAACUACACCUCAAAAUGCCCUGGGACAAUGGAAUUAAUUACACUACCAGAUGGUUUAAAGCUUCCCCCUGUUCCAUUCACUAAACUUCCUAUUGUAAGAUCUGUCAAGCUUUUAAAUCUCCCUGUUAGCCUUCGGCCACAGAAAAUAAAGAGCUUGCUGAGUCAGAACAUGUCAGCUAAGAGUCCCUUUAUAUAUUCUCCAAUCAUUGCUCACAAUCGUGGAGAGGAACGAAGUAAAAAAAUUGAUUUUCAAUGGGUCCAGGGAGAUGUUUGUGAAGUUCAACUGAUGGUGUACAAUCCAAUGCCUUUUGAACUUCGUGUAGAAAAUAUGGGCCUUCUGACAAGUGGAGUGGAGUUUGAAUCUCUCCCUGCAGCUCUCUCUUUACCGGCAGAAUCUGGUCUCUAUCCAGUAACUCUUGUUGGUGUUCCACAGUCUGCAGGCCAGAUCACCAUCAAUGGUUAUCACACUUCAGUCUUUGGGGUCUUCAGUGAUUGCCUUCUGGAUAAACUACCAGGAAUAAAGACCAACGGCUGUACAGUGGAAGUCAUUCCAGCUUUACCUAGAUUACAAAUUAGUACUUCAUUACCAAGGUCUGCUCACACACUACAGCCUUCCUCAGGAGAUGAAAUAGCCACCAAUGUGUCAGUCCAGCUUUACAAUGGAGAAACCCAGCAAAUCAUCAUUAAACUAGAAAAUAUUGGAACAGAACCUUUGGAGAAACUGGAAGUCACAUCAAAAAUGGUUAACACGAAAGGAAAGUUGUUCAGUGAUUUUCUGAGCUGGAAUCUAGAAGACACAAUCUCCCAGUUUCCUCUGAAACCAGGACACAUUGCUACAUUUAUUGUAUACAUUAAAGUAAAGCUUGAGUUCUCCUGCCAGGAAAAUCUCCUGCAAGACCUUAACGACGAUGGAAUUAGUGUGAGUGGUCUUCCACUUUCCAGUCCUUUUCGACAAGUGAUAAAACCACGAGUAGAGAAUAAACCUAUAAACCCACCGGAAACAACCAAAGUUGGUGACUUCAGCCAUGUAAAAACCCUGGAAGCCAUCUUGAAUUUCAAAUACUCAGGAGGUCCAGGACAUGUUGAUGGAUAUUACAGGAACUUGUCUCUGGGACUUCAUGUGGAGGUGGAGCCAUCUGUCUUCUUUACCCGUGUUAGUACUCUGCCUGCAACAAGUACCCGCCAGUGUCAUCUCCUCCUUGAUGUAUUCAACUCUACCGAACAUGAGCUCACAAUUAGUGCAAAAAACAAUGAAGAUCUAGUUUUGCAUGCUGCGGAAUGCCAGCGUAUGGCUAUCCAAGUUGACAAGUUCAACUUUGAGAGCUACCCAGACUCCCCUGGUGAAAGAGCACAAUUUACAAAUCCAAAGCAGCUGGAAGAAGAGAGACAGCAGGCGAAAGGUCUGGAGAUCAACAGCAAGUUAGACAUUCUUUGGAAAAUUCCCUCUUUGAAGCGUGAAGGAGAAGCGAGUGUAGAAGGGGUUCUCAAUCAACUGGUCCUAGAGCACUUGCAGUUGGCUCCUCUCCAGUGGGAUGUGUUGGUGGAGGGAAAGCUCUGUGACUGUGAUGUCGUAGCAGAUUGCACCGUUGGAGACCCUGUAAAGCUGGAAGUGAAGCUGACCAAUUGGAGCAAACGCAGCGUAGGCCCCUUCUCUCUCACUGUGAUCCCAUACCAAGAUUACCAAAAUGGCAUUCACAACUAUGAUCUCCAAGAUGGCAUCACUUUUGUUGGAUCCAACACCUUAUAUAUUGAUACGGUUAAGCCUACUGAAAACUCAGUAUGCAUUGGAGCCCUACUUUUUCUGUACACGGGUGAUUUCUAUUUGAACAUCCAGUUCCAUGAAGACAACUCCAGCAGAGAGCUUCCCUUCUCAUGGUUUUGUCUGCCCAGUGUUCACAUCCGUGCUGUGCAACCUGUGAUCCAGACUAAGAUGUAAAUGUACCGUAUAAAAUUGCAUUAGUCACCAUGCUCAGGAAAACUGGGCAUUGCCUCCUCUUGACGUUAGUCUGUUGCUUUCUGAUCUGAAGGAAGAGAGGUGUUCCCUAUAGAGGUGCAUUCAAGUACUUACCGCAAUUAGCUGAUAGUUAUGGGAAGCCCCUUUUGCUUAUUUGAAAAUAUGUGACUGCACGUACUGAGGAAUUAGAUUUUUCCUCAUUUCCAUAUAGUUUACCAGAUAACAUUCCUCUAUCUUAUUUUUAAAGAUCUUGCACGGUUGGUGAAAUGUAACACUGAGCUUUAGCAGUUUAUCAGUUUUUUAAGAUAUAGAGUUAGGCUGGUAUAUUAAUAAUUGUCUAGUUGGGGGACAUCCAUUAAAAAUUCUCAAUGGACAAUAUGACCUUGUUGAGCAGAAUUUCUGAAGCCACUUCCUUGAACAUUUUAAAAAAUAUUCAAAAAAUCUUUCAAAUAUAUAGGAAAUGCAGGCUUAUAAUACAAAGUUUGUUUACCUGCAGACUCAAGCCCAAGUAGCAGGAUCACAUUUGGGAUUUAUGUUCAAUUUGUGUCAAAUGUGUGUUUUUUUCGGGGGGAAACUGGCCUGGAUGAAACAUUGAUAUGGCUCGACAGUAAUUAGAUUGGGCCACCGAGAGGUCAGGCUCCAGUGACUUCCUUGUCCACUGAUCUUCUCAAUGACCCAGCAAAGUAGGCUCACAGCCCAUGGUGCAACAUUCAGACGACAACUUCACCACUUUUGCAUUCAGUCCAAGUUUAUUUAAAAGUUGGCUCACACUGAAGAUAAGCCAUCUACAUGGUUGAACAAGCUGUUGGUUGAAUGCAAACCCAUCAGAAACAUUUCAAACAUAGCUCAUGGCAAGAAAUAGAAAAUCUAUGGUCCUGCUCACCUGCAAUUUUCUAGGAAGGAACCCAAAUAAAAGUUUUAAGUGUGUACAUUAUUUCCACCACCACUUCUACCAUCUCACUCCCCUGCUUCUUUACUAGAGAAAAUAAUUGAUCUCAUCUGUACUACAUUUGAUUUUAAAAUUGGAUCUUUCUGACUGUGCAUCAGAGUGGGUUGCAAGCAAGGGGAAUUCAAACAAACAGCAGAUCGCAGUUGACUUCAUCUGCCAUCAGUUACUUUCACUGUAUGCUUGAUAUUUGUGAAAGCAUGUGUCAGACCAUUGCUUAUCACAUAGGCUGCUUAGCAGGCUGAUUUAACAUGCUUUGUACAAAGUUCCCUAACAACCAACCAAUCAACCAACCACUGAUUAGAAUGGCCUUGCUUAGCAAGCAGAGGUUAAGCAGAUUUCUUUGUAAUCUAAAUUAAACUUAGCUUGUUAUAAUAUACUGAACACUCAUGGACUUUUUAAAAUGAGAAAUAGGUACCUUACCACUAAAUUUUCUUAACAGUCUUGUCUUUCAUCUAGAAUUCUUUUAUGAACACAGAAAGUUAACAUAAAGUCCAUACCAUCUACAGAAAAUGCUUCCUAAAGAAUUGUAUUUCAACUGCACAGUGUGCUAGUUAUUGGAAAUCAGAAAGUAAAUUCAUGUUGGCUUUAUCAUGUACACAUUUGGACCUAAAUUAAUUCAGAAGGGGAGUAGUGCAGAUGUUGAAUGGCAGUAUUGCAAGGGCACUUUUUUCUCCCUUUUUGGUUGAGAGAUGACCAUACAAACUAGUGACAUAAAGAGCAUCUUUCUCCCCACACCACCUUUAAGCUUGUUCUUUGAUCUAGCGUUAACUGCCAAUCCUGCAGGUUCUUGAAACAGAAAGUAUGAUUUUGCACUUUAGUUUAAAGCUGGGGAUUCACAUAUCUCUCCUCUCUUCUCCAUUUGCAAAGGAUAUUUCCCACAAUCUGUCUGUUACUACAUCAGUAGAAAGCAUGAAGGAAAAACCCCUAGCCUUUCCUAAAAUAACUGUCUCUGUAUUAGAGCUGUAGAGCUUUAGAUUUAUUUCCUCCACCCACACAAGAGAAGUUGCCUGACUUCCAAAGGCAGAGGGAAACUAGAGACACAAGUGUUAACUUCACCUUUUGGAAAGGUCCUUUCUCUGACCUCCAUUCAGGUCUUUCAGGAUGACCGUUUAUCCUUCUAGGAAGCAUUAACCAAAUAGCCAGAGAAGCAACAUCACAUUUUCUUAAUUGUGUUGCCAGGCAUUUAAUGGCAAGCUUUCUGCUACUUCUUGUUUCUGAUGACCAGAUAAUAUUUUAAACUCUGUUCUAUUAUCUACUAGUGCUGGUCGCUCAUCCUGGUCACAGCCAACAACAUUUGCAAAUGGCCUAACAUUUCUGUAUUGUCUUUGCUCUUUCAUUUAUGAACUCUUGUGAUAAUCCCUGUGAAAACAGCAUGUGUACGCUCUACAUUGAAGAUGUGUGUUCUCUGCAUCUUGCAGUCCGCUGUGCCACUGCUCUCUGAAAGCGUCUGCUUAUCAAUAGAUACUGCUCUGUGCAAGGUGACUUUUGAAGUCUGUUCCAUAAUAGAAAUGUAGCAUCUCACCUUCCCAAUUUGCUUGCUUGCACACACACACCUAAGCAAAAAGGGAUGGUUUUGGAAUGCUGACGAUCGUAAGUUUUGGGCCAGAAGUACAUUUCCUGUUGUUGUUUUACAGAUCUGUAUUCCAAAGUAACCUGGUGUAGCCCCAUUUCUCCUUGAUUUUCUUUUAUGUAUCUGAUUCCUACUAAACUGCACUUGCAAGAGUUUCAAUGCAGAAUAUCUUCCAGCCCUUUUUCCGGAAAUGUAGGCAGAUAUUUUUUUUCCUCCACAUUUGAUCUGUAAUGCGCCAACUUUCACUAGUAAAUCAGAUGAGCCCCUCUUAGAUGAGUUAAGUCAUUCUUUGAUUUAAAAACUGUUACAAACUGAGAGCAGAGUUUGGUCCAUUGUAUGUAUAUGCUGAAGAAAUCCAUAUGUUAAGUUGAAUUUGCCAAAUAAAUAUU